GGCUAAAGAGAGUGAGGAGCUUGCUGCCGUCUCAAAACUGCAUAUUGAUGUCAAAUUUUAUCAAACUACCAAUGCUGAUGUUGCUGAGUUGUUCCACAUUGACCAGCAAAUCAAACGCCAUGCUUUGGUCUUGGUGAAAUGGGAGGGUCUAAGUCCUAGCUACAUUGGUUAUGAAGGUGAAUUCACCAGAUUGUCAAUUGGUGAUUUUGUAUCUAUGCAUAAGAUUCCUUCAGUGAUCCCUUUCACACUAAACAAUGCUGAUAGUAUUUACAGGAAUCGUAUGAAACAGUUGUGGCUUUUCGCUCCUGAAAGAUCAUGGGAGGUUAUAUCCAUAUUUGAAGAAGUGGAAAAAGCAUUCAAAGGAAAUAUUCUGUUUGUUCACGUGGAAACUAGCAAUAAAGAUUCUUAUAUAAGAGAGCUUAGUUACCAAUUUGGCGUCACUGAUGGUUCUCCAACAGUCUUAGCUGUUUACAAAGUAGAUUGGGAUGCCAAAAAGUAUAAAUAUGAUGGUGAAUUGACCUUAAGUGGUAUUAAGUCAUUUGCAGAGGAGUUUCUGGAGGAGAAGUUUCUGGGCAAGUUAGAACCAGCCAUUAUGUCUUUUGCCUGACGUCCAUUUCACUAUCAUGCCGACCCUUAAUCCAAUUUCCAUUCUUCAUGCAUAUUAGUAUAAGGACCAAAAUUAGCAGUAACUGGAAUUUGCUUUGCUUCCUCUACUUUGCUUGGAAGUUUAUUGGAUCUUGUUUUGUUUCCUUGGUUUUUGCAGCAGCUUGUUAGCCUUUGGCUUUUGUUUGGCAGCUUCGCCUUUGUUCCCUUCCUGGUUUUAUUUUCUUAAUUUUUCUUUUGCCAAAAAAAAACUUGAAUCAACUCGUUGUAAAUA